AUGGUGCCAAGGGAGAUUGAGCAGUGGACCAACAGAAACUAUCCAAAACCCCAAGUUGAUCCAGAAUGGCUCGCACAAUGCUACAAUUACCUUGUAUCUGAACUUGGAAUCGCGCGCAACGACAUCACAGCUCUUACGAAGAAUAUAGAGUCUCAAUUGUUGCAAUCGGACCUUCAUGAUUCCACGCUUCCUCAGACCGGACUGCCAGAGAAUCCUGCUUCUCUGCAUGCCGUGAAUCUUCCCCCUUUUCUCCUUCUUCAAGUGGUAUCAAUUAUGGAAAUUGGCCACUCGGCGUUCUCUCUCCAGAACACGCGACAAGCCUGGAUCGAGAAGGCUGACUUGGCUGGUUUAGCUGCCCGAGAAGACGAUGGCGAAUAUUCUGCGGGCGAGUUCCCCAGGUAUCCUCGAGGCAUGCUCAGCCUUGAAUUGAGCGACGGGUACAACGUAAUCAAGGCGAUUGAGUACCGGAGACUGGACGGACUUAAGCUAGGGGAAACUCCGUUGGGUUACAAGGUCUGA